GGCUCCUCCGGGCCCGGGCGCCGCAGCCUCGCCGGCCGGCGGUCCUGCGGCUCCCCGUCGCCGCCUCGGCGGUCACGGGCUGCCGAAGACCCGGGGGGGCGGAAUUCCUCUGGCCGCAGCCGGCGCUAUCCCGCUGGGGUAACGGCCAGGCGCGGGCUCGGCAGCCCGGGCUCGGCGCGAGCCUCGGGCAGCGGCUCGAGGACAGGUGUCCUCACGCUGAGCUCCUUCAGAAAAAACAAACAAACAAACAAACAAAAGCCAUCAGCUCUGUUCUUAAGACGUUUUAGCCAUGACUAAGAGAGAUGCAGAGGAGCUGAUAGAAAUAGAAAUUGAUGGAACGGAGAAACAAGAAUGCACUGAAGAAAGCAUUGUUGAGCAAACCUAUACCACAGCAGAAUUUGUGAGUCAAGCUAUUGACAUCAAUGAACCAAUUGGAAAUCUUAAGAAACUGCUGGAACCCAGACUGCAGUGUUCCUUGGACGCGCAUGAAAUCUGUCUGCAAGAUAUCCAGCUGGAUCCAGAUCGCAGUCUUUUUGAUCAAGGAGUAAAAACAGAUGGAACAGUACAACUCAGUGUGCAAGUAAUAUCUAGGCAAGGGAUAGAGCCCAAAUUAAACAUCCUUGAGAUUGUAAAGCCUGUGGAGACUGUGGAAGUAGUGAUUGAUCCAGAUGCUCAUCAUGCUGAGGCUGAAGCUCACCUUGUUGAAGAAGCUCAAGUGAUAACCUUGGAUGGAACAAAACAUAUAACAACAAUUUCCGACGAGACCUCUGAACAAGUGACACGAUGGGCUGCAGCUUUGGAAGGCUAUCGAAAGGAGCAAGAGCGCCUUGGAAUUCCCUAUGAUCCUGUACAGUGGUCAACAGACCAGGUGCUUCACUGGGUGGUGUGGGUGAUGAAGGAGUUCAGCAUGACUGACAUAGACCUCAACGCACUCAGCAUUCCUGGGCGGGAGCUCUGUAGCCUCAAUCAAGAAGACUUCUUCCAGCGAGUCCCACGGGGAGAAAUUCUUUGGAGCCAUUUGGAGCUUCUUCGAAAGUAUGUAUUGGCUAGCCAGGAACACUCUGGAGAAAUAGCAACUGUUACUAUUGAUCAGCCUGUGCAAAUUAUUCCAGCAUCUGUACAGCCUGCUACCCCAACCACCAUUAAAGUAAUAAACAGCAGUGCAAAGGCAGCUAAAGUACAGAGAGCUCCAAGGAUCUCUGGGGAAGAUAGAAGUUCCCCUGGGAAUAGAACAGGAAACAAUGGCCAGAUCCAAUUAUGGCAGUUUUUAUUAGAACUUCUUACUGACAAAGAUGCUCGGGACUGUAUUUCUUGGGUUGGUGAUGAAGGAGAGUUUAAAUUGAAUCAACCUGAACUGGUUGCCCAAAAAUGGGGACAGCGCAAAAACAAACCCACCAUGAACUAUGAGAAACUUAGCCGGGCUCUGCGAUAUUACUAUGAUGGAGACAUGAUCUGCAAAGUGCAAGGCAAGAGGUUUGUGUACAAAUUUGUCUGUGACCUGAAAACCCUCAUCGGAUACAGUGCAGCAGAGUUAAAUCGGUUGGUCACGGAAUGUGAGCAGAAGAAACUGGCCAAGAUGCAGCUCCAUGGCAUUGCACAGCCGGUGACAGCAGUAGCAUUAGCUACAGCAUCCCUGCAAACAGAGAAAGAUAAUUAAGCACUAGGACCUGAAAGUUGGGAGCCUGAGGCCUUUCAUAUAUAAGUGGAGCAGUUGCUGCUCUUACCUUUAUCACAAUUGGAAGCUUCUUUUCUUUCUUGACAGUACAGCGUGAUGCAUGAUUUUCUACAAAGAACUGUGACUCCCAUAAAUUUGGAUCUUUUAACAGCAUAUAUUUCAGUAUAGGUUAAGGGAUUACCACAACUUCUGCAGCUUUGAGACUGGACUGCUAUGGUAUGCAGUCUGGAAUUGGUGAGAAGGGCUGAACUGGUCAGGGUUCUGUGUCCAUAGCUCUACAAAGUAAUUUUUGCAGUGCUUUUAAGAAAAAUGAAGUACCUACAGUAAGCAGGCUGAUAAGUUGUCUGAAUUUGAUUCUUUCCACUCUUUUGUUCUCUGCUGAACUACCAAAUGGAAUUUGAUGCUUUCGAAGUUAAACAUGCUCAUUAUUCUCAUCUAAUCAAGCAGAGCUGAAAGAAAGAUGCAGUAAGCAUUAUGAAGCAUCAGGUUCCCAGAAUAACUUAUGUGUUUAUAAGCAGCGGUAACUAAGACUAGACCAAACUGAAGAUCAGUGCUGAAGAAGGAGAUCCAGGUUUAAAUCUGGCUUAGGUGAAAAGCCAAUUAUGAGUAUUUCAUUGUAAUAUGUAGAUAAUAUGCAUAUAUGAAGACAAGUACUUAACCUGUUUGGAAAGACUUCUUAUUGCUAGCUAUUUAGCAAAAAAAACAAAACAAAAAAAAAAAAAAAAAAAAAACCAGACAGAAUCCACCCCACCCCACCAUGAGUCAGGGUGAUUUGAAAACUUGAAAAAAUAUCCUUCACCCAAAGAGUAGUUUAUUUUGGUGGGAUUUUUUUCUUAAUUCUCUUUUCGUCAAGGUGCUUAUACUUGUGGUAGUCAACCUUAGUAAAUGAAGACUUAAGUUAGUCACAGUCACUAGUCUCUUCCUUUUUAAAAACAAAAUGCAAAUUGAAGAUAAUUUUACAGAAAACUUAAGUUUGACUUCCAAAUUAUUGUAUAAUCUGACAUAUUAAAAUAUGAAGAUAUGUAAUUUUUAUUUUAAAUUAAUUUCUUUCUGAACUUAAAAUGAUGUUUUUGAAGCCUUAUAAACCAAACGCAUGCUCCCAAGCCAAGUACAGUUUAAAGUCUGGGUGAUUAAUAGAAAUACUUGGAAUAUAUUCUGAAUUGUGAGAAACUGGUAUAGAGAGUACUUCAGGCAAACUUAGAGAUGCAGUAAAAAACAGGCUGCAAUUUUUGAGCUUCUGUACUGAUGCCCAUUAGACUAUUUCUUUUGAUGUCUGAAAACAGUGUUUCUGCUUUUACCCCUCCGUGUUCUUAAAACAGUAUAAAUACUAUGACAUUGUGCAUAUUUUCUAAUUUUUAUAAACAAUAUUUUUUUUAAAAGCCCUCUGGUAACACUUGACAGUUAAAUGCAAGUGGAUAAGGGAAAACCUUUUGUUCUAUGAGAGACUGAGCUACUUCUAAAAUGUAGAUUGGAAGUGUUUGUACAGUGAGAUUCUAAACAUAAAAUGUAAUUAUACUGAGUAGUGGGAGCGCUAGGCUGUUGAUCUGAAAAGAAAUCUUUGUAGUCAGAGGGCAGAGAAGAUACAAGACUUAUUUUAAAGAUACUUUGAGGACAAAGCUGUUUGUUUUGAGGUGGGUGUUCAUCUGCAGAUAAUUUUUGAUUGACUAGAAAUCUUGCAUGUACUAAUUACACCUUCUUGUGCUGGUUUCUUUCACUAACUCUUUAAUACCAUCUUAAUUCUUGAGCUUUCAAAGCACUCUAUUGGGCGUGCUCUCUUUCCCCCCCCCCCCCCACGAUUAAAAAAAAAAAAUCUUCAAAGUUUUGAGCAAAACAUGUCAAUGUGUCUGUCAGGUCAAGUAUCAAUCCCCUGUUGCUGUUAGAAUAGUCUAAUUCCACUAGUUGGCAAGUGUUUGAGAUGACUUAUACAAAUAGAUGCAGAUUUACUUACUAGGAAUAAAAUGAAGCUGCUAGUUCAGUGGCGACAACUGUUUAUGUAACACCACUCCAUUACUAAACAGAAGUCCAAAACAAGUUACUAGAUAUAUUUAACAGAGUUCAUGAAAACCUUUUAGUUAAAAUACAGUACUGAAAGAAGAAAUCUUAAAAUUCAGCUUUCUAAAUCAAAAUGUAUUCUACUAGGAUAAACUAACAGCAAAAUUGACAGGUAGUAUUGCUACUUCAUUCCCUUGAAUAUUCCCUUUACAUCAUAAGCCCCCAAGGGGAGAGAUUCAGUAUCAUGCUUUACUUGUGAAUAGAUUUGAUGAUUAUUUUGAAACUUUUCAGUAGCUGUGAUAGUCCUUUGGAUUCUUUGUUGUGGGAUUAUAUGCUUUUCCACCUCGUUCUCUUUAGUAACGAAAGAAUCUUUCAAAUGGUAUAAAAUUACUUUCGUGUCUUCUGCAGUUGAGGGAGAAGUCUGUGACUAACUUGAUGUCUUCAAUGAAAUAAAAUAUGUAGAAUAUAUUGUCAAGAGUUGUUCUGUUGCUGCCAGAAGGAAAACAUAGAAAGAAUAUUCUCAAUUUUUUUGUAAAACAGAAGGGUUUUUGCAUACUUUUUACUCCUUAAAUAAAGACACUUAUACUCUGCUAAUAA